GCUCGAUGUCCCUUUUCUGUGCCACACGCAGAAGUCAGACUCAGCUGGUAACUCGAGUAAUGAGUUGCAUCACUCUGAGCUCCGACUGAAAUCUGUCUCAACUCUUUUCACAGCAGUUUGGUCGAUUUCCACUGCAGCUGCUGAGUCACCUUUGGGCAGACUUGAACUCUUUUUAAUGCAUUAAGCAACAAAAAACAAAAUGGCUUUGAACUCAUUCGACAUUGACGCACCACGAUGGGAUCAGUCUACAUUCAUGGGCCGCCUGAAGCACUUCUUCAACAUCACAGACUGUCGAACGGCACUCCUACCGGACGCACGCCUGGAUGAGGCCAAAGCUUUAGUGGAAAGCUGCCGGGCGGGAUCCGUCCCUCCCGGCACCACAGUGGAGCAGCUCCACUACGCCAAGAAGCUGUACGACUCGGCCUUCCACACAGACACAGGAGAUCGCAUGAACCUCUUCGGCCGCAUGUCCUUCCAGGUCCCCGGAGGAAUGGCCAUCACAGGCUUCAUGCUGCAGUUCUACAGGACAGUUCCUGCUGUGGUGUUCUGGCAGUGGGUGAAUCAGUCUUUCAACGCUCUGGUCAACUACACAAACCGUAACGCUGCCUCCCCCAUCACUCCCAAGCAGAUUGGAGUCGCCUACGUCACAGCAACCAGCACGGCGUUAGCAACGGCAGUCGGACUCAACCUCUACACAAAGAAAGCUCCUCCUCUCCUGGCUCGCUGGGUCCCUUUUGCAGCGGUGGCAGCAGCCAACUGUGUGAACAUUCCCAUGAUGAGGCAACAGGAAGUCCUGAACGGCAUUGCUGUGACGGAUGAAAACGGCAACAAGCUGGGCCACUCCAAGAAAGCUGCAGUAAAAGGCAUCUCUCAGGUGGUCAUCUCUCGGAUCACCAUGGCCGCACCGGGAAUGAUCAUCCUCCCAAUCAUCAUGCAGAGGCUGGAGAAAUAUAAGUUCAUGCAGAGAGUCACGUAUCUCCACGGACCAAUUCAAGUGAUGAUGGCGGGAGUGUUUUUGAUCUUCAUGGUGCCUGCUGCCUGCUCCCUGUUCCCUCAGAGAUGCUCCAUGGCCGUGUCCAAGCUGGAGCCCGAGCUGAGAGACUCCAUCGUGUCUCAGUAUGGAGACGCCAUACAACAUGUCUACUUCAACAAAGGCCUCUGAGGCCGAGGGGGGCGAUUACCUGUUCGACACACAACACCGAAGACAGGUGUCCUCACACCAUUUGUGUCCGUUUUCUAAUUAUUAGUCAUAAUGAAAUGCUCUCAUCGAAAGCAUGGGAACGAAAUGAGAACUUUGUGAUUUGAUCUAUCAUGUCUCUCUUUUUAAAUCUUAAUUCUUCUUCUUUGGUUCCAGUUUAUUCCUGUUUUCUGGCAUUAAACAGAUUCAGGGGGCACCAUGUACUCCUGUUGAGAAACCAAACGAUCUCACCUCAGGAACAGCGCAUCACUUUGCCAGAUUAAAAGUCAUGUUAGUUUGUCCUUCACGGUGCGGCUCGUCUGUAGUUGUUUUUCGCCGGCUGUUUGUUGGUGUCUCAGUGUCGGAAAACACUCGUAAAACAUCGUCUGCCAAACUUCCUUACGGUCUGUGCCUUCUUCCUUCACUGCUGGAUUUUCUCUUCUUUUUGUUUUUCAAACCAGUGUUGGAUUUACUGUGAAACCGGAAAGGUACUCCUAUGCAUGGGUUAACUCUGCAACAGCCACUCAGUUGCGGUGUGGACGUUGUGAGAUAAAGAUGGAGGAUGCUGCCCUCUCCUGCCCGAGCGGAGGAACAUGUGGUCCGACUUGUUUGCAUGAUUUUUCUGAAGGGAUUCCCGUUUGAACAUUUCAAUGCGUGAACUCAAGGCUUGUGUCGCUCUCCUCAGUGUAAGCUGGAAUAAAACCGCACAAAUAUUUGAAAUACUGUAACCCGUGGUGCUGCUUUUUUAAUCCCUGUGUGAGGGAGUGAGUGUUUAAGGUGUUAAGGUUGAUUAAACUUCUGUUAACUUGGUGGAGAAGACAGACGGCAGAGGACAGACUACUCAAAUACUUAAGUAAAAUUAUGCCAAAGUAAAAAUACACAAUUACAAUCAGCCAAAUGUACUUAACGUAUCAAAAGUUAAAGCACAAGUUCUGCUGAGAAGUGGCCUCUCUGACUGAUUCCUUAUGUAUGAAUGACAUGAUGAAAUUGUUGAUACUGAUGCACCGACGUGUGAAAACAUUUUAGUGAUGUAUAGCUGGUUGACGUGGAGCUGGUUUUAAAUACUUUACAUGCAGUGUGGUGGGUUACAGUGGUUCCCAGUUUAGGGGUUGGACCCUCCAGAUGGUCACCAGAUGAAUCUGAGACGAUUAAAGACUGAAGAAAGCAACAAGAUUUUCCCCUAAUCUUUACUUUUAUUAAAUAUCAAGCCUUUUUGUACAUCUUUGGACCUUGAAGAGGUAUUUAAAUUAAACUGGUUUGAUGAAAUCUUUCUGCUUUUUCAUUACACAGGGAGACGACUCAAAAAUCUUUAAUGUUUUGUAUAUUUUAUGAUCUCAUAAUUAUUUUUUUAAAUGAGCAGACUAAUCUAUGGAUUAACCACUGACUCCAGCUAUCGGACAAAUGUAGUGCAGCAAAAAAAUAUGAGAUCAUAACAUCAUGUACCUCUGAGGUGUAGUGCAGAAGAGCUGGGAAUAGCCUAAAGUAUAAAUAACGAAGUAACGAAGUACAUUUACUCAUGUGCUGUACUUGUACACCACUGAUUUUGAGAAAUAAGACAGAGAUUUCGGUUAUCAGACAUCUUUUGGUAGUCGGACUACUGCAGCAGCGGCUCCAGUUGCUCCACACGGAGGCUGCAGCGCCCCCUGUCGGUUCGGCCGGUAACGCCGGGAGGAGGAGGAGGAGGAGCCGCACGGGCAGCUUUAUAAAACCGCCUUGACCCUGGAAACGAAAACAGUCCCGAAAAGACAGACAGCUACCGACUCCAGCCAGCACACCUCCAGGGGGCCCACAGCGCACUCAGGGAAGCCUCACCUUCACAGCGGAGCUGAGCGCGCACACCUUCCGCUGUUGUUGACGUCGCCGGUUGGUUU